GUUUUGUUCAACUUCUCGACAUUCCAACUUUUUAGCUUCAUAGAGAAAACCACAUCGAAUACCUAGACUUAGGACUUAUUGACGAUUACAACAAAAGGAACAAAUUCGUUAUACACAGUCACGAUGCUUCUAGACGAGGACCCAGCUACUCUCAUCCACCAUACAAUCAACAAUUUUAAUAUCGGCCCCGAUAAGCUCGCUGUUUCGCGCAUCAGUGAUUCUCUAUCCACAUUAAAUCAAGCGCGAGAGCUUCGAAUCAAAGAAGCCGAAACCUCGCUGAAGAAACUUAGCCGUUCCCUCAACACACUCCAGGCACAACAUGAAGAGCUCACAUCAGCACACUCGUCAUCCGUACACGCGUCCGAGAUCUCGCGCCUCGAUACCCAGAAAUUCCGCAUCGCGAAAGCAGUUUCCGAUUUAGAGAUGGAAGCAGAGCGUCUAUCUUCCCAACAGGCCGAUCUAGCAGCGCGUUUGCAGGAGCUCGAAUUGCAGGGACUAGAAGGAUCACCUGAAGAUGCAGCAAAGAGAAGGGACCCCGUCGAUGACGAGGUACUACUGCGCUUAAAGGUAUAUCGGAGCCUGGGAAUCGAUCUAGAGCGAGAUGAAAAGGACGGCGAGUUCUCCAGAGCCAUUGUGCAUAACGAUCGCAAAGGCGAUGUUCAUGUUAUAAAUAUAGACAAGAAGUUCUCGCGCUUCUUCUACGCUAAUUAUUUUUGGCAAACGCUCUAGAGUUAGAGCUUUAGCCGAGUCUCCAACUCUGGGGAUUUAUGUGGGAUGAACAUUAUGAAAGUUACUGCACGGUGUUCGGCGUCUUUGGUUGUUGGAAUACCACAGGUUAUCUCGAGUCUUAUACACAUACUAAUUCACAUAUAA